GCAACAGACAAUAUGAAGCAGUAAACGACCAUGACACACGGAGGUCGUAUCCAAAUGGACCGCUUAUUGCUACAUGUAUUAUGCCUGGAUUCAAAAUAAAACGCGAGUCCUAUUUCGGCGCCAAAAAUGUGUGUCGCAUGGCUGAAGACGUUUAUCAUCUACAUUUAUGUUUUACUUCCAAAAAGAUGGAGAAUAUUAAAUAUAUGAGUCUACAAUAUGCUAACGAAGUCAGUCUCUCUGCUGAACUAAGAUCUAAUGAAUAUAUUGGAAGUUUAGAGAGCGCCAAAAAUGUGUGUCGCAUGGCUGAAGACGUUUAUCAUCUACAUUUAUGUUUUACUUCCAAAAAGAUGCAGAAUAUUAAAUAUAUGAGUCUACAAUAUGCUAACGAAGUCAGUCUCUCUGCUGAACUAAGAUCUAAUGAAUAUAUUGGAAGUUUAGAGAGCGCCAAAAAAGUGUGUCGCAUGGCUGAAGACGUUUAUCAUCUACAUUUAUGUUUUACUUCCAAAAAGAUGGAGAAUAUUAAAUAUAUGAGUCUACAAUAUGCUAACGAAGUCAGUCUCUCUGCUGAACUAAGAUCUAAUGAAUAUAUUGGAAGUUUAGAGAGCGCCAAAAAAGUGUGUCGCAUGGCUGAAGACGUUUAUCAUCUACAUUUAUGUUUUACUUCCAAAAAGAUGGAGAAUAUUAAAUAUAUGAGUCUACAAUAUGCUAACGAAGUCAGUCUCUCUGCUGAACUAAGAUCUAAUGAAUAUAUUGGAAGUUUAGAGAGCUACAUGUAUUAUGCCUGGAUUCAAAAGAUAACGCGAGUCCUAUUUCGGGUGGCGCCAAAAAAGUGUGUCGCAUGGCUGAAGACGUUUAUCAUCUACAUUUAUGUUUUACUUCCAACUACAUGUAUUAUGCCUGGAUUCAAAAUAAAACGCGAGUCCUAUUUCGGCGCCAAAAAAGUGUGUCGCAUGGCUGAAGACGUUUAUCAUCUACAUUUAUGUUUUACUUCCAAAAAGAUGGAGAAUAUUAAAUAUAUGAGUCUACAAUAUGCUAACGAAGUCAGUCUCUCUGCUGAACUAAGAUCUAAUGAAUAUAUUGGAAGUUUAGAGAGCGCCAAAAAAGUGUGUCGCAUGGCUGAAGACGUUUAUCAUCUACAUUUAUGUUUUACUUCCAAAAAGAUGGAGAAUAUUAAAUAUAUGAGUCUACAAUAUGCUAACGAAGUCAGUCUCUCUGCUGAACUAAGAUCUAAUGAAUAUAUUGGAAGUUUAGAGAGCGCCAAAAAAGUGUGUCGCAUGGCUGAAGACGUUUAUCAUCUACAUUUAUGUUUUACUUCCAAAAAGAUGGAGAAUAUUAAAUAUAUGAGUCUACAAUAUGCUAACGAAGUCAGUCUCUCUGCUGAACUAAGAUCUAAUGAAUAUAUUGGAAGUUUAGAGAGCGCCAAAAAAGUGUGUCGCAUGGCUGAAGACGUUUAUCAUCUACAUUUAUGUUUUACUUCCAAAAAGAUGGAGAAUAUUAAAUAUAUGAGUCUACAAUAUGCUAACGAAGUCAGUCUCUCUGCUGAACUAAGAUCUAAUGAAUAUAUUGGAAGUUUAGAGAGAACCAGAAAUACUCUGGCAGUUGGUCGCACAACUCCACUCCAACAGGUAGCCCAAACAUUUAAAAAAAAAAAAUACUUAGGCUACAAACUCAAAAAAAUACUAAAAUUUAAAAAAAACCUAAACUACGUCGGUAUAUAACGGAAAAAUAUGGGUUUUUUUGUGGUUGGUUGAAACAUUUUAGCUUAGCUGUCUCUCCAUAAAUUUUGAUAAGCAAUACCUUAAACGAAGCCCUCUACAUAAAUAUAAAAUAGAGAAAACAGGAUUUAUUUUCUUUUGGACUGAUCCCGAGUUUUUAAAAUCAAAAUUUCGUAAAAAAUACUUCACAAAAAUCUACAUUCUUACAUUUUAAAGCUUAACAUUUUUCAAACGCUAAACUAAAACCACAAUGUGUAUGUCCAUACAUUACUGAUGCAUAUAUCAGCUAUAUAGAAUGGCUUAGCUCAUUACAACCAAAUAUAAGAUACUCAAGUUGUGCGAAAAAAGAAGCGCUACCUCUAAAAAAAAAACGUUAAAAAAUACCAAAUUUUAAAAAUUAUUUUAAAAAAGUUCUGACAAAAAAAAAAUGAUCAUCGAUCCAUUUCUAAGCCCCAUAACUUUCAGAAAAAGUUGGUCUGGAUCGAAGCGGCAAAUCGUGUCGAGUAGUGUUAUUGCUAGCAAAACACUGGGUACGAACAAGUUUACCAUAAAUAUAAACCUAUCCUUUAUAACAUUCAGUUUUUACAAAUUGUUACUUCAUAUAUUAACUGUAAAUAAAAAUAAAAAAU